GCCGAGCAAGAAAGACGUGUGUGCUGUGUGCGGAGAACGAGUGCCGGGCCGUCGGACAAGAAAUACCCAGCGAUAUAUCAGAACCCUUGGCGCCCGCGUCGUGCUAACUAACUACCUUAUUAUUUUCCCUUUUUUUUGGCUGUUUCAACUACCCUGUGAGUCAACGUAAGGUGAACAAAGAUUUGAAAAACACCUCUAGUGCAAGAGUCUUGAGCAUUCCCCAAACCAGAGAGCGAGCGAGAAAACGUGCGACAAGAAGAGAGCAAAUUGAGGAUUUACCUGCCCUUCGAAAUUGCAGAAAAGCCAACAGUUGACAGCGGCAAAAUGCAGCUCUAAAGCAGCAGAUCUGACUGGAAAAAGACGGCGAUACAGCAGAAGAAAGAGACGAAGGGAUUAACGAGUGACAAAAAGUACAAAAGACCUACUUCAUAGAUGGCUGGAAUCAGGCUAGUUGUGGUCCUCCUACUGACCAUCAGUAUACACACCAUCCUCGCCAACGACAGUGGUUCCUCUUCAGGAGCCAACUUGGGCGUUCUGUUCGAGCGAGCUCCCGAAUCGGCGGUGGCUCCCAAGGGUGACGAGGUGGUCUUCGAGUGCGAACUGAAUCUGAAACCGGAUCGCCUGGAGUGGCGGUUUAGACGCAGUGGGUUCCCCGAGCCCGAACCCUAUCGGUAUCUCAGCCCCUCGGCCGGAUACAAUGUGACCAGCGGCAAUGAGGGUCUGGCCUGGAGACUCCGAAUCUAUGUGAGUGCCCAAACGGCGGGCGACUACCAGUGCGUGGCUUGGUAUGGUCCCGGCGCCCUAGCCUCCACGCCCGCCCGCCUGGCCCUGGUCUCGAUUGCUCUGGAUGGAGGUCAGGCCCCCGUGGGCUCCAGGGGCUCCAUCCGCUGGAGUGUGGCGCCCAAGAACUGCCUGCUCAUUCGUUGUGGCAGCGUUAUAUCCAAUCCACCGGCCAUCUGGAGCUUCUACAGGAAUGGCAAAAAGCUUCCCCAGUCGGAGUUGCUUCCUGGAGCCGCGGGGGCAUUGGUCUUGGACACGGUCACCGCCAAGGAUGCGGGUAACUACUCGUGCGUUGCCACAAACUCCAUAACAGGUGAUGAGCUGAGACUCCCGCAAACAAUUGAGCUGAGGGUAGACUACACGGAUAGAACCCCACCGUACUUUCUGCAACGCCCACCCACCGAGUACUCAGCUCGUCCCGGGGAAACAGUGGUGCUGGAGUGUCCCGGCGUUGGGUCACCCAGGCCCAGAGUCAUCUGGAGUAGUCCCAAUGUGGUGGGGAUUUACAAUAAUAGGAGCAAAAUCCUGCCCUACGGUCUGCAGAUCACCGAUCUAAAGCCCGAGGAUCAGGGAUCCUACAUCUGCAUGCUGGAUAAUGGAAUUGCACCACCCAUCGAUCACACCAUCAAGUUGAGUGUCCUGCAACGUCCCACGAUUUUGAGUGGACCAGCUGCCACUCUGACGAACGAGAGUAGUCCGCUGAUUUUGGUGUGCUCCGCCGCGGGAAAUCCGCAGCCGGAUAUUUAUUGGCUCAUAAACGGGGAAGAUGCCACCAAAGAUCCAGAGGCCAUGGUGGAUAACCGAAGUCUACAGCUUCUGCACGUUCAAAAACGCCACGCCGGCGUGGUUCAGUGCUUCGCAAAGAACAUUUUGGGAGAGACCAGCAAGGGCAACAUCCUGCGCGUGAAUCCCCUGGAAAUCACUGGCGAGGAUGAAGAACCACUAGGCGGAGUUCCAAUGUGGCCACUUCACGAAUCGAUCGGUGGCAUGGGAUCCUCGUCGACACCAUCCGGUGGUUCCAAAAACAAGGGCGGCAGACGGAAGUACAAAGCCAGCAUGGUUCCCCCAUCGCGACCCAAUGUCACUCGCUUGUCGGACGAAUCCGUAAUGCUGCGCUGGAGUGUGCCCCAAAACUCGGGACUGCAGAUUACCUUCUUCAAGGUGCAAUAUCGCCGCUUAGGUGACGGGAAGAAUCGGCGGGAGAACUGGCAGACGACCAGCGACAAUAUACCGUACGGAAACAACUACGGAUCCGGAUCGGGAUCGGGAAAUAACCACUGGCGACAGCGGAACAGGGACCGGGUGUACGAGAUGGGCAAUCCGCCCAAGAAUUUCACAUCUUCAGUGACGGGACUGACCGCGGGGAAGUACUAUCGCUUUCGAAUCGUGGCGGUUUAUUCAAACAAUGACAAUAAGGAGGGGAACACUUCCCUCAAGUUCUUCCUGCAAAACGGAACGGCCAAGUCGAAUCUACCAGUUCCCGAACUUCGCGAGGUGGAGACCCUUAGCGAAUCCACCGUAGUGCUCCAUUGGUCGCUGGUUUCCUUGAGCCAAAGUGAGGACAUCGAUGGUUAUUAUGCCUACUAUAGACCAGCGGAUUCGGCUGGGGAAUAUCUGAAGGCCACGGUGGAUGGUGGAAGGAGCAGGAGCUUCAAAAUAGAUCUCCUUCGUCCCGGCACCGCCUAUGAGUUCAAAUUGCAGUCCUUCAACUCCGAUGCAGCCUCUGAAUUCAGUGCUAUAAAACAAGCCAAGACCAAAAAUCCCCAUGAUCAUACUGCGUCCACUUCAUCCACCCCAGUGACUGGAAAUAAGACAGCGGAUCAGCAGCAGAACUCCAUGUAUCCUGUGAUUGCAGGAGCUGCCGGCGGAGGACUUUUGCUCCUUAUCGCUUCCUUGGUGGCCUGCAUGUGUCUGAAGAGGCGGGAGAACAGCCAACCCGAGGAUGAGAACAAACCGCAAUUGGAGCACAUCCAAGCGGACUUUGUGACCUCCGCCGUUCUAGGAGUGGGCGGACACCACAAGAGUGGCGAUGUAAGGCGCCUCAACGGGGUGAUUCCCCGGAUGAACAUCACGCCCAAUCCGCUGGCCCAGGAAACGGGCUCCGAUAAGAACCGCAACGUGAUGGAGCUGCGUUUCCUGCCGCCGCUGGCGAACGGAAAUGGAAAUGGACCCGGAAACGGAAAUGGUAAUGGCAACUGCAUUGCCAGGGAUCUGGCCCUGGAGCAGCCGAAUGCGGAGGAGCAGCUCGAUGAAGACGGCGAGGAGGACACGGGAUUGCCGGCGGUUGCCUCCUCCUCCUGCGAAACUUUGGAGGCUUGCGACGAGGCAGUCAAGCUGAAUCUCCACCAGAAACUCGACAAGGAGCCGCAGGAUCCGCAGAACCUGGAGGCACCCAGCAAGCCGCUGCCCCCGCUGCCCAAGAAACCCACCAACCAUGCUGGCCAAACCAACUCUGGCCUGCAUCAGAAUGGCCUGCAUCAUGCCCAGCCGUAUCAUCCGCCCGGAACUCCCACUCUGUUGCACAAGCGGAUGGAUUACCACCAACAGGCGCCGCCAGUGCCGCCGCACUCCGCCUAUUACCAGCAGGCACCCACCCAUCAGCCCUCGCCGAUGAUGGAGCGCAGCGUGAGGGGUCACCAGCAGCCAGGAGGAGGUUACCAUCACGAGGAGGGCACUCCCACGCCAACGAGGAUUCCCUCUUUGAGGCGACAGCGACGCACCUCGGGCAGCCAGCAGCAGCAGCCGGUGCAAAAUAGCCACAGCAAUCUCAAUCUGAAUCUGAGCCACCAUAACAACAACAACAACAACCUGCCGCCACACCACCAGCACCUGCACCACCAUCCCGGUCAUCCGGGUGGCCUGGUGGGCAUACCCAUCGUGCCAGGCAGUCCCCGAGUCCAGAGAUCCCCGAUGCCCAGCAGGGCGAUGAUCAAGAGGACGCGACUGGGCAGCCACACGGACAACAUCUCCUCGGGCAGUCUGAACAGUAUUGAGGUGUGAUGGCUGCAUGGUUAGGUGGCUUCCAGGAGGAGGAGCAGCCGCAGGAGCUCUAGAACCAAGCGAAAAUACAGUUCCCCCAUAAAAACUACAGACAGCUUCAACUAGGUUUAAGGAGCCCAUACUCGAAGUGUAUUAUUAUGCUUAUUCAUAGAACAGGCCGGCAGAGCAUUAAAAAAACACUCGAAUAAUAGUUGUUAAGUUUUCCAAAUCAUUUUUGAUACAUAAAAGUAGUUUUUGAGCUAGAACCAAAAAUUUUAAUUUCGCUUGAAAGGAACAUUUCAAUACUUUGAAAUUGAAAGACCAAUUUUUUGAAACAAAACGAUUUGAAGCUUAGUCGUUCAACGCUAAAGCUAAAUAUGUUUCAGUAUAUUGAAUAAUCAAAUAAUACAAAAACAUAAUUAAUUUAAUUCGAAUGUUGCUGAUACUUGUUACUGCCGGCCAGAUAGUCAGUAGAAUUAUUAAUUUUUAUUUUUUUUACUGAUUGACUUAGUAUAUAGAUUUGCGCACCCCCCCAGGAAGCAAAAUAACAAAUUGACUAAGCCCUGUAGUAUAGUGUUAUUUAUUUAUUACCGUGUAAGCGUCAACGACUCGAAUUGAUUAGUUCAAUUAGACUAAGCACUCUAACUAGGCAAACCACUCUUGUAAGGCAAACCAACUAUUUAGCGUUAAUGUAAUACAUUUCGAAAUGUGACUAAUCACCCGACAUUGUGUCGUGAGGACACCACCCACAAAAACCGAAAAGAAAAGCAUCCUAAACUAUUUUUAAGUUCAUAGACAGCUGAGUUUAAAACGUAUAUAUGCGAAUUAUGAAAUUAAAAAAUUGUAAAU